UGUUGACGUGUAUGGAGCAGAGCCCGAGGACUGGCGGCCUCAUUUGGGAUAAAUCUGGGAGUCAGAGUCAAAACUUGCAGCUUUCUCAGUUUAAAAGGGCCGUUGCAACCGAGGGAAGCCCGCACGGUUGACAAAGACGCCGGCUUCAGCCCUGUCUGGGCUCCAUAGAGGCCGAGUGGCCGGCGGAGUUCCUCCAGCAUGUUGUGUGGGUCGAUGGCGACCAACCUCGGGUGCUGCCCCGUGUGUCCCCGUUGACCGUCUGGUUUCCCUCCGGUUGCCUCCCGCAGCCGGAGCGUGGAAAGAUCCGCGUGCAGACUUAACAGUUUAGCACAGGGCUAGACGGGCCGAAUGGCCUGCGGCUGCGCCGUGGUGCACCGUGACACUAUUCCAGGGAGGUCGUGGUGUUCGGUUAAUUGGCUGCUCGAAACGGCGUGUGAGUGAGAUGUAGAAUCUGCGGGGAGGAGGGGAUGUGCAAACUGCCUCUACAGAAGAUUUUCCAUCAUGCCGUCUGGGCAAAAGAACCUCCCCACACGUUACCUAGGGCAGCCUAGUCCCUUCACGCACCCCCAUCUCCUCAGAACAGGCGAGGUCACUCCCAGGUUGACACAGAUAGAGUACGCACUGCGCCGGCACAAACUACUCAGUCUAAUCCAGAAAGAAGCCAAGACCCUGGGAGCCUCUGACCACGCCAUCGUUCUGCUGUCGCAUCCCACUUACUACAUGACAAAUGACAUCCCAUUUCCGUUCCACCAGAACACCAACUUUCUCUACCUUUGUGGUUUUCAAGAGCCAGACAGCGUCCUGGUGCUCCACAGUGUUCCCGGAAUGAGCCUGCCUUCUCACAAGGCCGUCCUGUUCGUGCCGAGGAGGGACCAGAACCGAGAGCUAUGGGAUGGCCCACGCUCUGGGGUGGAUGGUGCUGUUGCUCUUACAGGGGUGGAUGAAGCCUAUAACACCGAGGAUUUCCAGCAAUAUAUGCAGAAGUUUAAAGAUGAAGGGUGGAUGCUGUGGUACGACAAUGAACCUUCGAUCCAUUCUGUGCUACAUACAGACUAUCUGCAGCCCCUUGUAGACACUAAGUCUAAGAGCAAGAAUGGGGUCAAACCGGUUCAGACUCUUGUUCAGUAUCUACGACUUAUCAAGUCAGACACUGAAAUAGAACUCAUGAAGAUGGCUGCAAAGAUCACCUCGGAGGCAUUUUGCAGCACAAUGAUUUCAACCAAGGCUCCAGUUAAUGAGUCUUACUUGUAUGCAAAGUUUGACUUUGAGUGUCGAGCUCGAGGAGCAGAUCUCCUGGCCUACCCUCCAGUUGUAGCAGGUGGAAAUCGUUGCAAUACCCUGCACUACGUGAAAAACAACCAGCUGAUUAAGGAAGGGGAGCUGGUUUUAUUGGAUGGAGGGUGUGAGUAUUCUGGCUAUGUCAGUGAUGUCACUCGGGUCUGGCCAGUCAGUGGAAGAUUCACAAAGCCUCAGUCUGAGCUGUACCAGGCCAUCCAUGAUAUUCAGAAGUCCUGUGUCAGUCUCUGCACUCCUGGGAUCAGUCUGGAUAACAUCUAUGCCUUCAUGUUGAACCUUCUUGGACAGAAGCUGAAAGACCUGGGAUUCCUGCAGGAGAAAUGCCAAAACGAUGUCUUCAGGGCUGUCCGCAAGUACUGCCCACACCAUGUAGGACAUUACCUUGGGAUGGACGUUCAUGACACACCAGACAUCACACGCUCCAUAGCACUGCAACCUGGCAUGGUGGUGACCAUCGAACCUGGAAUAUAUAUCCCAGAACACGACACCUCAGCUCCGCCACGAUUUCGGGGAAUUGGGAUUCGGAUUGAGGACGAUGUUUUGAUAACAGAUGAGGCACCCGUAAUUCUUUCUGUAGACUGCCCGAAGGAAUUGUCUGAAGUAGAAAAGAUCAUGAACUGCCGCUAACAAGCAGAUGAUGGAAACCUCAUCAACUUAGGCUUUGGUAAUCAGGGGAGUGACAGAGAAGGUCACAAGCAAAUCAAGUAACUCUGCUCAGUUAGUGAUGGCUGUAUAAAAUGUGAGGAUGCCAUCAGCUUACAAUGUGUCAGUCUGUCUUAGUAUGGAAGCCCACAAUAGUAUUUAUACUCCAAGAUAGUUACAUGCAAAGGCAUGAAUUCCGUGCACCAAACCAUUUUUUGACUGAAAUUGAGAACUUUUUUUCAUAUACAUGGACAGGAAUAUUUUCCAUACAAGCAACCUGUUUACAUAUAGCUAUAAAUGAUAAAGGGAUCAAACUAUCAUCUGGUACCCACAUGGACGAUGAAGACUCUUGCCUAUUUUGUGGAGAACUGGUGCCUCUGAUUCCUGUCAGAGGUCAGCUGGCACUUAGAUGAGUGACAUGAAUCACCUCUUCGGGAUAAGUUCUUUGUAAAGAAUUUUGGAAACAAUUCACUGAUAAUAUCGGUUUCCAUUAAUGUCUGAACUUCCCAGAUUUUAAAUAUUCAGAACCUGAAUAAUGUAAGUGCUGGGCAUCUGAUUUAAAAUCCAUAAAGUGCUGGAAAUACUCCACAGGUCAGACAACCACUGUGGUGUUACAAUUAACAAGAAGUUCUGGUAUAAGUCAUUGAUGUGAAAUAUUACUUGUUACCUCGCCUUAUUAGUCUGUCACAGAUUUAUAUUAGUGUAAUAAUUCAACACGCCUUACCUCAGACUAUUAGUCUGUAUCAGUAGUACAACUUCACAUCUGUGUGUUAAUUAACAUAGUAUUUAUUGCAUAAUUGAGUUUCUGAACACUUUUACAUUACGGUAACUUCUACAGAGCAAAUGUAAUGUUGCAGUUAAUAUGAAAAUGAUAUUAUAAUUUUAUUGGUGAAUUUCAUUCAGAAAUCACAAAUGUUAAAUUUGAAUGACUUAUACAUUUGUGAUUAUUUUUCUUUCUGCAUAAUGGAGGGCAAGUCCAUUUUAAAGUAAAUCUGCUCCCUUCUGCGUUCCCUGACUCUUCCUCUAUUCGUAGCUGGGAAGAUAG